GGCAGCCCAAGUCCAGGCCUUGCUUAGACUAACAUCAAACAUUCAAAUAUCCGUGCUUUGCCAGUGACAUGGGACAUAGUAGUCACGGUGGACUUUUCCUUCCCAGCGACAGACGGCAACAAACACGACAAGGAAAGAAAAUAUCAUAGUCAAAUAUGAACCGAAUAUGCUACCUUCACUUUUCGGAUGGUUUGAACUUUUAUCCGUGAAUUGUUGAUACUACAGCGAAAGGGUGCCCACACCUUCAGUUAGCGCGACAGCUUCACUGCCCAGUUGGCCAGAUGGGAUGCCAAUGCUGUAAGAUGAUUAAAAGGAAUAGGGACCCGGCAGAGAGCUCUCUCUACCAGCCCCACCACCUUCCAGCAGACGGCGGGGACCAGUCCAACAACAAGCAGAAGCAGGACUUUCACAACCUGGGCUUCAGCAACAGCAACAAGUACAACGAUGGAGAAGAUGGAGGACGAGGCCUCAAGCUGGAGAUCGACAACAACCAGAUCAACAGGCUUCACGCCGUGCCCGCCAACCCAGAGAGGGGGCAGGGGAGGGGGCAGGGAGUCAAGCCUUGGGCAGGGGAGGGUGGUGGUGGUGGUAGGGGUCUGUAUAUCCUCCAUCCAGAGGGCCAGGUUCCAAGACGAGAUCCAUCUAAGGGCCCCAGCCAAGUUCCAAUCUACCCUAACACACUCUCCCUGGAUCAUAGUCACCAUCUGACACAUUUGGGUGACAAUGACUCCCACAAGAUUAGGAUGUUCCAAAAUAGCUCGGACCCCUCCUGGCCCGGUGUGGGGUGCUACACCUCGUUGACGGAUGAGCUGGAUGAGGGGGUGGGGGGCACACCUGAGUACCUGUGUGACACAGGGGAUGAGGAGAGCGUCCUGUCUGCGGAUAUUCCAACUAGUACAACUAGCCUGUCCUCGGCAGACACGAAGGAUGAUAGGAGGGCGCCGGACGCCACUACCGUAGAGAACGGGAUCAGGAUCUCGGUGACAAAGAGCGAAGAUGAGGGACGGGAAGAAGAUGAUGUGUAUCACAUCACAGACUCUAUGGUGGCGGAAGCUCUAGCGGCUCUAGAUGCUGCAACCGCCGGGGAGGACUAUGAGGACUAACUCUUUAAAAACUCUUAAAUAUUUUCUACAAGGCCUCUUACUAUUCCAAAAGCACAAUCUAACUUCGAUAUCUAUUCAGCUUCAAUAUCUGCUGCUUUUUUUUACUAAAAUAUGGAUUUAUUUUUUAACAUACUGUAGAUCAUGCAUAUUUGUCUUGUGAGUCACAUGGGCAUACAGUACCAGUCAAAAGUUUCUUUAUUUUUACUAGUUUCUACAUUGUAGAAUAAUAGUGUAGACAUCAAAACUAUGAACUAACACAUAUGGAAUCAUGUAGUAACCAAAAAAGAGUUAAACAAAUCAAAAUAUAUUUUAGAUUCCUCAAAGUUGCCACCCUUUGCCUUGAUGACAGCUUUGCACACUCUUGGCAUUCUCUCAACCAGCCAUCAUUGUAAAUAAGAAUGUGUCCUUAAUUGACUUCCCUAGUUAAAUAAAGGUUCAAUUAAAAAAUUAAAAAUGUAGAAUGCUUCUCUUGGAGGAAUUCACACAUAUGCUAAGCACUUGUUGGCUACUUUUCCUUCACUCUACGGUCCAACUCAUCCCAAACUGUUUCAAUUGGGUUGAGGUUGGGUGAUUGUGGAUUUCAGGUCAUCUGAUGCAGCAUUCCAUCACUCUCCUUCUUGUUCACAUAUGGCCCUUACACAACCUGGAGGUGUGUUUUGGGUCAUUGUCCUGUUGAAAAACUAAUUAUUGUCCUACUAAGCGCAAACCAGAUGGGAUGGCGUAUCACUGCAGAAUGCUGUGGUAGCCAUGCUGGUUAAGUGUGCCUUGAAUUCUAAAUAAAUCACAGACAGUGUCGCCAGCAAAGCACCCCCACACCAUCCCACCUCCUCCUCCACGGUGGAAACCAUACAUGCGGAGAUCAUCCGUUCACCUACUCCGUGUCUCACAAAGACAGAGGUUGGAACCAAAAAUAUCACAUUUGGACUCAUCAGGCUGAAGGACAGAUUUCCACCAGUUUAAUGUCCAUUGAUCGUAUUUCUUAGCCAAUGCUUGUCUCUUCUUCUUAUUGGUGCCCUUUAGUUGUGGUUUCUUUGCAGCAAUUCGACCAUGAAGGCCUGAUUCACGCAGUCUCUGAACAGUUGAUGUUGAGAUGUGUCUGUUACUUGAACUUUGUGAAGCAUUUAUUUGGACAGCAAUCUGAGGUGCAGAGAGCUCUAAUGAAGUUAUCCUCUGCAGCAGAAGUAACUCUGGGUCUUCCUUUCCUGUGGCAGGCCUAAUGAGAUGUUCUGUUUAUCACCCCUACCUUGUCACAAAACAACAGCUUGGCUCAAACGCAUUAAGAAGGAAAGAAUUUCCCCAAAUGUACUUUUAACAACUUGUUAAUUGAAAUGCAUUUCAGGUGACCACCUCAUGAUGCUGGUUGAAUGAAAGCCAAGAGUGUGCGAAGCUGUCGUUUUUAAAUUGUUUUAUUUUACCUUUGUUUAACCAGGUAGGCCAGUUGAGAACAAUUUCUCAUUUACAACUGCGACCUGGCCAAGAUAAAGCAAAGCAGUGUGACAAAACAACAACACAGAGUUACACGUGGGAUAAACAAAUGUACAGUCAAUAACAUAAUAGAAAAAUCUGUAUACAGUGUGUGCAAAUGAAGUAAGGAGGUAAGGCAAUAAAUAGUAUUUACAAUUUAGCAAUUAACACUGGAGUGAUAGAUGUGCAGAUGAGGAUGUGCAAGUAGAAAAACUGGUGUGCAAAAGAGCAGACAAACAAAAACAAAUAUGGGGAUGAGGUAGGUAGUUGGAUGGGCUAUUUACAGAUGGGCUGUGUAUAGCUGCAGCGAUCGGUAAGCUGCUCUGACAGCUGAUGCUUGAAGUUGGUGAGGCAGAUAUAAGUCUCCAACUUCAGUGAUUUUUGCUAUUCGUUCCAGUCAACUGGAAGAAAAGGCAGCCAAAGUAGGUGUUGGCUUUGGGGAUGACCAGUGCAAUGUACCUGCUGGAGUGCUGCUACGGGUGGCUGUUGCUAUGGUGACCAGUGAGCUGAGAUAAGGCAGAGAUUUACCUAGCAAAGUCAUCAAGGCAAAGGAUGGCUACUUUGAAGAAUCUCAAACAUUAAAUAUAUUUUGAUUUGUUUAUCAGUUUUUUGGCUACUACAUGAUUCCAUAUGUGUUAUUUCAUAGUUUUGAUGUCUUCACUAUUAUUCUAAGGAUUAGGUUGCGUAACGGUAGUCUGUUGUGUCAAUGUUUGUUGUACUCUCAGGAGCAAGAGAGAAUAAUACUCUAGACACUCGACUGUAAAUAUUCCCUAAACCUAAUUCCUAAACUACAGUACGUUUUACACUCUUUGGUCUACACUGAGUAUACAAAACAUUAGGAACACCUUCCUAAUAUUGACUUGUAACUCCCCCAGUAGAACAGCCUCAAUUAAUCUGGGCAUGGACUCUAAAAAGGUGUCGAAAGCCUUCCACAGGGAUGCUGGCCUUUGUGUCAAAUUGUCUGUAUGUUCUUUAAGUUGUGGACCAUUUUUGAUACACACGGAAAUUGUUAAGUGUGAAAAACCCAGCAGCGUUUGUAGUUCUUGACACAAACCGGUGUACCAGACACCUACUACUAUACACAGUUCAAAGGCACUUAAAUCUUUUGUCUUGCCCAUUCACCCUCUGAAUGGCACACAUACACAAUCCAUGUGUCUCAAGGCUUAAAAUGCAUUUGCUUACCUGUCUCAUCCCCGUCAUCUACACUGAUUGAAGUGGAUUUAACAAGUGACAUCAAUAAGGGAUCAUACAUUAGCUUUCACCUGGAUACACCUGGGCAGUCGGCAGGUAGCCGACUGGUUAGAGUGUUGGGCCAGUAACUGAAAGGUUACUGGAUUGAAUCCCUGAGCUGACAAGGUAAAAAUCUGUUGUUCUUCCGCUGAGCAAUGUUCCCCAGGCGCUGUGGAUGUCGAUUAAAGCAGGCCACCUCUGAUUCAGAGGGUUUGGGUUAAAUGUGGAAGACACAUUUCAGUUAAAGGCAUUCAGUUGUACAACUGACUAGGUAUCACCCUUUCAGUAUGUUAUGGAAAGAGCAGAUGUUCUUAAUGCUUUGUACACUCAGUGUAUGGUUCUACAUUUCAAUAUUCCACCAAUAUAGUUCUACAGUGCUUAUAGAAUUUAUAUUUCUAUAUUAUGUUCUAUACAUGCUCUAUUCAGUGGACGUAUAUUAAGUACACUCCUAGAAAAAAAGGUUUCUUUGGCUGAACCCUCUGUGGAAAAUGUUUUUCAAAGGGUUAUCGUAUGGGGACAGCCAAAGAACCCUUUUAGGUUCCAGAUAGGUUAUUGCCAUGGCUUUGUUUGUCUUCAGAGAGCUUGCUGUGCUUCAUUGUAUGAACACACAUUGAUAGGUCAUCUCCAGCUAUCUAUUUUUGUAUUGUAUCCAUGUUGAUGUUAUUUUUUUACCAGUUUUUCCUGUUAUUUAUAUCCUGACUGGUUGGCCCAGUCCUUUCAGAGACAUUGCCCAAAGUUUGUAGAAAAUAAUUAGACACGUGAAGAAAAAGACCAUAGUGAGAGGUAACCACAUGGGUUGUUUGUUGUUCCUGUCUGUUGUCUGACCAGUGACGUUAGAUCAGCUUACAACUUCCCAUUGUGAAGCAUACUGAGUUGACCAAGGGCGGACAUGAUGACAUAAGACCCUAUGAAAAGAAGGAAUUAUAUAACUGAUAUUGUCAUGUUCUUACCUUAGUUCCAUUGUUUUUGUCUUUGUUUUAGUAUGGUUAGGGUGUGAGUUGGGGUGGGCAGUCUAUGUUGGUUUUUGAGUUAGGCCUGGUAUGGUUCUCAGAGGCAGCAGUCAAUUGUUGUCCCUGAUUGAGAAUCAUACUUAGGUAGCCUGGGUUACACUUUGGGUUGGUGGGUGUUUGUUUCCCACCUCUUUCAGGAAUACCUAGGAUAGGAUAAAGUAAUCCUUCUCA